AUGCAAGCAGAUAAGGUUUCUCUCUGCGCAAAAAAAGAUGAUCUUAUUUGCGCAUUUGGAUCGCGAUAUCUAAGAACACAUAGAGAACAGCACCAUGCCUUAGUAUGCUCUAGAAAAAUGCGAGAACUGGCAAAAACUUUAAUUGAAUGCCGUAGAUUAAAUUCUAAUAUUAAAAAUAUGUAUGAAUUACUUCAUCCUCAAUAUUUUGAUACUGUGGUACAAAGUGCCAAAAUAAUUGCUAAAUACAAUCCGACAACCGAUGUUUACGAAUCACCUACUUUUGGCAUGAAUAUUAGCAGAAGUCUAAAAGAUUGUUGCGACAUCGCUAUUCUACACAUAUGUAAACGCAAGUAUCAGUCCAACAGCCUAUCAACUGCAGAAUUUGAAGCUGAUGUAACAAUGUUUAAAAAACUACUGGAAACGACUUGGAGGCAUGAAAUUUCAACUCAAGCUCAUCAUGACUUAAACACAAAAACUUGGAACAAAAUAACAAUUAUUUCUUUAGCAACCGAUCUAAAGCUAUUUAGAAACUAUCUUAUCCAAAAAGGAAAUUACGCGGAAACAAAACUUAAAGAAAAUCAAACAGAUAUUCAAAGUUUUAAGUUAUUAAUGGAAACUGCAUUUUGUCGUUUACUUCUUCUGAAUAGAAAGAGGGUGGGAGAACUUCAGCGUAUGAAACUUGCUACCUAUUUGGCGGUAGAAGAAAAGAACAAUCAAAGUUAUGAAGAAUUUACGGAAGCUAUAACACCGGCAGAAAAAAUUUUACUAAAAAGUUUUAAAAGAGUGGUUAUUAGGGGAAAACGAGGAAGAGGUGUACCAGUACUCUUCAGUAACGACAUGCAAGACCAUAUGAAGCUUAUUUUAAAUGUCAGAAAAAAUUUCAUAGAUAAUACCAAUCUUUUUUUAUUUGCUACCACAAAAUCAAAUGAACCAAUUACUGGAUAUAAAGUUGUCCAAAAACACGCAAAAUUAUGUGGGGCGAAAAAUCCCGAGGCAUUAACUUCGACAAAAUUAAGGAAGCACUUGGCCACUUUGACACAGGUCUUUAACAUGUCAAAUAACGAUAUCGAACAAUUAGCCACUUUUAUGGGCCAUACUUUUAACGUACACAGUACAGUAUACAGACUGCCGGAUGAUGUAUACCAGACGGCAAAAAUUGCAAAAUUAUUAUUAUUGAUGGAAAAAGGCGACGCAGGGAAAUAUAAAGGAAAAACUUUGGACGAAAUCGAUUUAGACAUGGACACGGAAAUAGACGAAGUUGAGGACUUAACCGUUAAGUCAGGCAACAUUGCCAGACGCAGAAUCAGCGACGACUUGUUACUAAAGUAUACAUCUGGACGCACGAUAGAUAACGUAAUGAUAGAUCAAUUUAGAGGACGUUGA